AUGGCGCUUCUAACGCCGCGCACUCCCGAUUUCGUCGACCCCAAGGCUGAUAGCUACGGAACGCCCUUCGCCCUUCCAUCGCCUCUGAGUCCCGCGUUAUCGCCCAUCGGGCUCCCAACUCCGACCUCCCCUGUGGGACUUGACUACGAUGAUCCUUGCGAGCGUCCAUCAAAGCGCCGCCGUCUGGACGACCCGGACCUUGACCAGGUUUGGCAAAGCAUCGAAUCGGAAAUCGACACUGAGGAGGACCCCACUGUGCCAGCGAUACAUGUAUGGCCGGCUGAUGAAGAUUGCCUUCAAAGAUGGGACAUAGGCUCUCUCUGCAAUGACGUGGCAUCGCAAGGAUGCGGUCAUACAGCGCUGGACGAGCCGACGCUAUGUCCACUCUUUGACUUGGACGACCCUGCGGCCCAGUACGAAUUUGAGAAGGAAGAGAGUGCGACAGAUCAAGUCUGUUUCGGCAUGAUCGACGAGUGCCGUAUUACCAUGCUCGAGCCUCUCAGCAUCCGCGCCACAUGCACCUCACUGCCGGCCACACUGGGCUCCGAAUGCAUGAUCAUAUCAAAAAUUGAAGAUUGCAAGCUUGGAACUAUUGAAGAGACGGCGGCUCGCGCUCUUUACGAUUUGGUUAGUAGAGGGUGUGAGCUUCAGAUCGAUUGCCACAUCAAUCUUAUCCGCCGGCCAGCUAAGCGAAGAGGGCUUGGAAAACCUGCACCGCAGUACAGUACCUCAUUGUCCAUUGUCAUCUACGGCCCUCUCGGAGAGUUCGACUACGUAGGCGAUGUCCUCGACACGCAUGAACUGUAUCUGCAAGACCCCGCCGGGUGCAACCGAAAUGUCCGUUACCGCAACCCUCAUCGAAUAUCAGGAAAAGAUCCAGAUGCGCCCAUGACCAUUGAGCAGCAGAUGGAACUGAGCUCCUCACGUUGCGAGAUACUCGAGCAGUCAACUAACUACCUUUCUGACUUGGAGUCACACAUGGAUCUACCUUUGACCGGCGGUCCAAGCAUCUUGGACACGCAACUGUAUCCUCACCAGAAGCAGGCUCUUACGUUCAUGCAGAGAAGGGAGCGUGGAUGGGCUCUGACCGGCGACCAGCCCGACGUAUGGAAAGCGCUUGGCGGGGACCGUUUCCUGAACACCGUUGCAGACCAUGUGCAAGCGGGGGCCCCGCCUGAUUUUCGCGGUGGCAUCCUUGCCGAUGCCAUGGGCCUUGGAAAAUCUCUUUCGAUGAUCUCACUCAUCGCGUCGGAUGAUACUCUUGCUCAGUCUUCUGGUUCGCAAGCAACACAACAUUCGCAGUGCACUCUGCUUGUGGUCCCCUCGAGCUUGAUUCAAACAUGGGACGGCCAACUGACCAGGCACAUACGCCCGGGGCAUUUCAGUUGGAGCAAACAUCAUGAGAAGCAAAAAAUUUGUCACAGGGAUGACGUGGACCAUUUCAAUAUCGUCAUCACAACCUACCAGACCAUCGCUUCCGAAUGGAGGAGGAGACAUGCUCGCAGUAGCCCCAUUUUCUCCAUUUACUGGCAUAGGAUAGUACUGGACGAAGCUCACUGCAUCCGAGAUCGCACCAGUCUUACUGCAGAAGCCAUCUGUGCUCUCAAUGCCGACCGUCGGUGGGCAAUGACUGGUACCCCGAUACAAAAUCGACUCUCCGAUCUUUCGUCUCUGCUGCAGUUCCUGCGUGUCUACCCGUACAGCAACCCGGACCAAUUCAACGAGGAUAUUAUUCAUCUCUGGAAAGACCAUGCCGAGGAAGAAGCCAUUGAUAGGGCAAAAAAGCUCUUUCACCUUAUCGGCAUUCGAAGAUCGAAUAGUACAAUCGACCUGCCAAAACGGACUGAUGAACUCCAUCGGCUUGAAUUCAGUCCAUCAGAACGCAUGAUGUACGAGUCGGCAAGGACGGAGACACUGGAGACAAUUGAGAGGGCCAUUUUUUCUGAUUCUCCUCCGCGCGGCUCCUUUCUCAACGCUCUGCACCGAUUCCAUUCGCUACGAAUGAUGUGUAAUCUUGGUACAUGUAGUCUAAUCACUGAAACUUCCGCUUCGACCACCGAUUACCAGCAUUGGAAUUCUGCUUCGGCGUCGAAGGCUUUUGCAAUGCUUCUCACUGCCGGCCAGGCCGUUUGCAAGAGCUGUGCAACCAAUCUGGAUGGAAUGACGCCUGAUGACCUGAAAGCCGGCAGCACAAAGGCACCCUAUGUCUGCCAGGGUGGCAGCAUCAUCUGCCAUCCCUCACCAUGUGCGUACGCUGCUGUCGAAGAGAGCGAAUCACCGAACACGUCGGCACCCCCGCACCUGAUGUCGGGCCAGUCCUCCACCAAGGUCCAGGAACUCAUCAAAGACAUCAAAAGCCAUCCGACCGAGAAAUGCGUCGUGUUCUCUCUGUGGACGUCUACUCUGGACCUGGCUCAAAAGGCCCUGGAGGCCGAAGGAUUGAGGUUCGCAAGGGUGGACGGUAGCGUGCACGAGAAGAACCGCAAAAAGAUUCUGAACAGCUUCCGGCAGGACCCGUGCAUCUCGGUGAUUCUGUUUACCAUCUCCUGUGGCGCCGUCGGCCUGGACCUAACGGCGGCCUCUCGAGCGUACAUCAUGGAGCCGCAGUGGAACCCGACGGUCGAAGAGCAAGCGCUCGCCCGCAUUCACCGGUUAGGCCAGGUCAGGGAGGUGACGACGGUGCGCUUCGUCGUGAAGGACUCGUGCGAGGAGCAUGUGAGAAGAGUGCAGAACAGGAAGACUCUCAUGGCGGACGUAGUCUUGUCUCAAAAAAAGAGUUCGGGGUCCAAUAAGGCCGCGGGGAAACUGGAUAGCUUGCGCUCACUUUUGAGUUGA